UAAAUAGUGACGCAAAGUAGGUACAUACUUGAGCUUAUUGUAGGCACAAAGAAGUUCAUUUUUCAUAAAUUUUGCUAGUUUAUCUUCCAAAUUAAUUAUAUCUUUACAUCUAGAAGUGAUAAAAAAUUUGUUUAAGUUUGUUUUCCUACUGAUUGUGGUCAAAAACAUGAAAAAAACAAAUGAUAAAACACCCUAAUUAACGACUUGUCAUUCAAUCAUAUGGUAGUAAUUAAUGAUGUCAGUGUUUGUUUACUAAUGACUAUUUUGGUAAACAUUUCGCGAUGAACCUUCCUGGGACCACAGGGGAGUCCUCGUGUAAGCGUCAAGAAAAUGGCGACGGUGUCGAGCCUGAACGCCCACUAAAGAAGGCACGCUUCGCAUGGGAAGUAAAGGGGAAAUAUCAUUUGAGAAAUGAGUUAUCAGAGUCUAAAUCGAAGACGGACACCGCUAGAGCCGGCUCCUCGUCGGAACGCGAAGCUAAAUUAGUCGGAAAUACUGAACAGAAUCUCGAAAUUUUGGGCGACUAUUUGUUGAAGCAGGAUUUCAACACAUUAGACUCGAUCACCGAUAGUAAUGCUUUAUUACCCAGUGCGAAUAUAUCAACAGAAAAACUCGCGUAUCCUAGAUAUGUGAGCUCGUUUGAGAACAGCAGGGACUUCAGUGAAAGUAGUAGUAGUAAUGAACGCACAGCUGUUCCUAAGUCAUUGGUGUAUUCUAAUAAGGAUGCUGAGGAUCAGUGUAUAGCAAGAUGGCAAGCAAGACAGAUGGCCAAAUGUUUUGUUGACAACACAAUAAACCGCGUCCUAGACAACUGGAUGAUUGCACCCCUCCCCGCGGAUAUGGAUAACAAUCGAGUGUUUGCACUCGAUGCAGCAGAGUUCAUCAACAAUCUCCCUGGCGACAACAGUAUCGAGAACGAAGCCAUACUCAUGGCGAUAUCAGCACACGGAUUACAAAAUAAUUCUAGUUCAUGUAGUAAUGAAACAAAUAAUUUAUCUCAGAGCAACUUUUCUAGUAAAGAUGUGUCUAUAUCACCUCCUAGUAGUCCUCUACCGUCCGAUGAUGAAACUAUUCAAGAAUCAAAUCCUUGUACCAAUGAACAAAACCAAAUCGAUGAAAGCUCGUCGAAUGAUUUUGAUAUGACCUGGUCAUCGAAUGAUGUAAAACAAAAUGUUAACAACAAUUUGCCUGUAUCGUUUUAUCCUGAUACAUCAAAUUUUUCAUAUCAAUAUUUUAGCGAGUCUGACAACCCCAAUAGUAGCAAUACUGGGUAUGAGGAAAAUGUGAACUCUAAUGACAAUAAUCAUUAUGACUUUUUAGAUGCAGCAGUUUCAUUCGCUAUACAAUAUAAAGGAUUGACAUCAUAUGGAACAGAUUAUGGUUAAUUUUUUUGUAUUAUUCAUAACUGCAGACUUAAAUAUUAUGUAAUGGUUGACAAUGACUUUGUUGCACUGGUCAAGUACAGAGCAGGUUAGCAUCUGAAUGAAUAUUUAAAUGUAAACUUAGUUUCUGCAGUCCUAUAUGUUAUUGACAACCAUAAAUGGGAUACAACUACAAAAUUAUAAUAAUAUAAAUAGGUUUUGGUUAUUGCUCUUGCAAAUAUAAAGCAUAAAUCAUAUUCUGGACAGGCUGUUGACACAUAGGUCAGGCUGGGAUCUUGGUAUGGUAUUCUGUGAGACACAAAAAUCCCCAGUAGGCUUAGUAUACGAUUUUCAUCUCACCCGUGGUGAUAGAAUUCGAGCAUUGAAACACAACUGUUAAAGCAAAUUUUACUUUACUGCCUUGUUUUAAAGCAGAAACCUUGUGAAAUUAAAAUCUGUGGUGCCUACUGAAUUUUUACUUUAAGGUGGAUGCGACGUGUCUGCCCGCGAAAUUCAAAUCUUAUUUGGUUUUUCGCAAUUUGUAAACUAAUACGACAAAGUAGGCUUAUGGCAUUCUAUUUGCGACAAUAACAGUAUCAU